AUGCAGCUCGUCGAUGUAGAAACUGAUUCGAACUCGACUGAAGCUGCCCCUGAUUGUCCUAUUCUUAAUACGCCACCCGAAGGCGCUGAGCUUGGCACGCUUCCAUCACUUUCUUCAUACACCACCACGGCCGCCGCGGACGAUGCGGAGCCACUUCUUGGCAGUCUUGCGAGUGAUACUACGAGCGUCGGCUUAACACCCACCGAACCUUCUCUUGAAGCAGUAUCUGACUCGUCUGACGAUGACGCCCACAUGACUGAAGAAUAUACGAUAAUACCUUCGCCGACCGCCAUGUCCCGAACUCCAACACCUCCGCCAUUUGGCUCGAACGAUGUUCCGACCAUUAUACCAGAUCUGGACCUGGGCUCGCUGUUCCCGGAAGUAGAGCAAGUUGGUGGUCCCCUGGCUGGUGUAAAUGACGAGGGAUCGGUUGACGAGGCCGACGCGUUCGUGACGCGCUAUUCUUUCGCACAGAAUACUCUCGGACAGGACGAUGUACCAGAGAGGCCUCGCACACCAGCAGACCAGAGCAACUCUCGUUCCGACGAGUUAGAUCUCUUGAACUCGAUCCCCAAUAUGUACCGCUUGCUCGAUCUAGUCCUCGAGCAAGGCAGCGGUGGCCUCGUUGACAAAGUCAUUAUCGCCCAAGAGUCACUGGGCAAACUCAUGAAUCGGUUAUGCCCUGGCGUAUAUGUCUCUCUCACAAAAAUCGACUUCAAAACGCUCGACUCGAGGAAACUAAAGCUUAUCGGAGCGUACGGUAGCAAGUCGGCCCUCGUGAAAUUUCUCAAAGACGUCGCAGUUGUGGACGAUGACCUCGCCACCCUUCUCUUAAAGAAGCACGACAGCCGCAUCGAAUCUUCUCGCCCUCACCUGCGAUCAGGUUUAUACUUCGUCUUAGAUCCCGCGCAUGCCACCACCAACCCCGCUCGCGCAUUUGUCAUCUAUUGGCCCGAAGAGGAGACCUGGAACGACGAUGCCUCGUCCUCCGUUUGCAAGAAUCGUGUGACUUUCAUGCGCUAUCUCUCGAAGCUGACAGACCAGACUAUGGCUCUCAUCUCCCCUGAGCACUCUCGAGCGCUGGUGUGGAACGACGAACAAGACGCCGGACCUCAGGACGAUGAGGACGAUAGUGCUGAACGAGUCGACAGAAUGUUUACGUUUGAGGUAGCCAAGACCAAAGAAGAAGAAGAGAGUAUAGCACCCCAGCCAGGAUUCACCGUUUAUCUCCCCAGCAUCGCGCAGAAUACCCAGGACGUAGUGGAUGGUCUGCCGUUGCAGCCGCCUAUACUCAUUCCCGGAGAAACCCAGAUGGGGUUUAUGACACACAUUCCGAAACCAGCGACGAUACGGAAGUCUCCAUUUUGCCAGACUUUACACAAGAAACAGAUCGAGAUUUACUUGCAGAAUGAAAAGCGCCGUAUCGUAUUGGCUGAACGACUUGAUGACGACGCUCUCCGUUGUCUGCUGAGGCACGGCCUGUAUCAGCGAUGUGGUGAUAUCUGCCGGGACUAUCAACAGACUUCGGCUGAGAUCAAGCAACACCGUCAAGAGGCGUCUGUUAACUUCUCUGCCGCGAAAAUGAUAGUCAACGAGGAAAGUGAUGCUGCACUGGCUCAGGAGGUGCUCAUGGAGAAAGCGCGAGAGCUAUACCCAUCCCUCUUUGCGGACACUAGAGCUGCAGUUCCUGCACCGAGCUCUACCUCAAGUAGCACACUUGCUGCAGAGGAGAGGAAGUCCAUUUUGCGUACUACUAAGGCUGUCACCUCUGCUUUCGCAAAAAUUAGACGCCUCUCUGAUCCAGACUACAAUCGCCUCAAAUAUCGGAUAUAUCUCGCGCGCAACUAUCUCCGCACAUACAAUCCACCAGGAGAUCAGCUGCGUACCAUCGUCGACAACAUCCUCGAACAAGGCGGCAAAUCAACCGAAAUUCAAUCAAUCCCAGUCGCUCAUCCUCGCCUCUUCAGCGCCGCAAUGGAGACGGUGAGGUCCUUUGCAUCUGCGGUCCGAGGUCAAACAAGCGCUCCAUCUUCGGUCGGCCCUGUCACAGUAGCCAGAAACCAAGCGCACGACGUCAGCGACAGAGACUUCAUCGCCCAGUUCCCUGCACUCGUGGAGGCACACCCUAUUCUUCAGAGGGCGGCUGAUGAUGUUCGCUCUCUUGUCUCAUCGACCCUUCAGGAGGGCAUACAUCGCUAUGCUGUUCAAGCUGCUCGCGAGGCCCACAAACUUUCCCUUGAACAACUUCACAAUGAGUUCCAGCUUCGCAACGAAGCUGCGCAUCGUGCUGAGGAUCAAGAACGCUGGCGCUUAUUCAAGCAGAGCGUAAAUACGUGCCUGGCUAGUAUAGGAACGGCGACCUCGGCGAUCGUCAUUGAGUCUGUGACCGAAUCGGACAAUGGACGCACCAGCGGUCCAGUGAUCCUCCGCGGUUACGCCGUUCAUGACAUCCCGCCUGAGAAUCGAUUCGAGAUCCAUCCUCUGAGUCUGACACAGGGUGACGAACAUUCCAUCCGUCGCAACCCCAAACAUAUCCCCACGCCUAUCCUACAAGAAUCUUAUGUUCAAUCGUUCUACUUACGUGCUCACCAGACCAUAAGGAUGAUACAACGCGUCUCAGAGACGAGGUAUCUCAUUCUCGUCGAUAGCGAGGACCAUUGCGGAGUAUAUCUCGAGGAUAUUCUGUCAUUAUCUCAAACUCUCGCAAAGGGGAAGCCAAAGAAGAAGAUAUUCUUCGCCAAGCUCUUGAACACAUUUGUCUCAGCCUUUGAUCAGGCUCGGAGAAUGUUGGCCAUAUGUGGAGCACCUCCCGACGCACCAUCGGACCUACAGUUGCAGAUUUAUAUUGCUGAGGAAGACUUCUCAGGAUUAAGCGCUCGAGGGUCUCCCAUCAAACUUGCAAGGUGGUAUGACGAAACUCCCCAGCUUCACUCGCUACUAUUUGUUACAGGGACGGAGGAGCUUUGUUUUGUCGAGGCGUCCGGCCGUGUACGAGUCUUUUCUCUUGUGACGGAACAAUUUCGACCUGCCACCAUACACCUCCAUCACCCUCCUUACCAGGUCAUGGCGACGCCCGAUGGUUCAUGUCUCCUCUCAGUCGAUAAACAAGAUAUGCACGCGGUCAUCACCGCCUACCACUGGGCGUCCUUUGGCUCAAACCCGAAUGGGCUGAGUUUCACCGUUGAGGUCCCUCCCGACGCUUGUUUCCAAGUCACCGGCUUGGUCUCCCGCUCCUCUGUCCAUGUCCUUGUCUUAUCGUCACACAGCAUCCACUCCGUCAUCCUCCAGAUUCAGCACCGUUCCAGCGAAUUCACCUUCAAGGAGCGUGAACAUGAGGUGCUCGAUUGCAAUAAUCGUCUUCAGGCGACCCACAACAGCCUUCUUGAUUGCCACUUAGACGUUUGGACUCGAUUCCCCGUUCACGCUGCCAUCCAGCGUGAUACAAUCAGCCCGCUCGGUCGUCGACCGCCAGUCCUUAUCUUUGUCAGCGAUAUUCCCGAUUCUCCCUUUGGUUCUUAUUAUCGUAACCUUGUCGCCUCCUUUACCCGGACAAUCAAGAAGCCGACUGCGGGGAUCUUAAACGCAACACAAGCUUCUGCUGUUGCGUCUUCAGAAGAGGUUCUUUUGGGAUGUGACAUAUCCGAGUUCUUCAGUGGACAGUGGAUGGUGGAGCUUCUUUGUUUGAUACCCUUGCAGCUCGCUAUCACCCACCAGAACCGAUUCGUUCCGCUCAAAGAUGGUGUUUGGAGCCCAGAGCAAGAGCGAGAUUUGCUUGGCGCCGACGUGGACCAGAUCGUCGGCGCCCUCAGUUUGGGUUGGUAUGAAUCAUUGUUCCAAUCCUACAUGGCCUCAAAGCCCGUUCGUGUCGUUAGUUCUAUGGGCGAGCAAUCCGUUGGUAAAAGCUACUCAUUAAACCAUUUCGUGGACACCUCUUUUGCGGGAUCUGCGAUGCGAACGACCGAAGGUGUAUGGAUGUCAGUCACACCCACCAAGAAUGCCAUCAUCGUGGCAUUGGAUUUCGAAGGCGUCCACUCCCUCGAAAGGAGCCCGCAGGAGGACGCAUUGCUGGUUCUCUUCAACACCGCUAUCUCCAACCUGGUUUUCUUCCGCAACAACUUCGCGUUGUCCAGGGAUAUUGCGGGCCUUUUUACGAGCUUCCAAUCAUCUUCCGCCAUACUGGACCCGGCUGCCAAUCCGACUCUAUUCAAUGGCUUGUUGUGCAUCGUAAUCAGAGAUGUCGUCGAUUCUGACACCAGAGAGAUCGUACACGAGUUUUCUCUCAAGUUCCGUCAAAUUGUCCAGGAUGAACAAGAGGAGAACUUUAUCAGCAGGCUUCAUCGGGGCAAGAUCAACAUCGUACCAUGGCCUGUGAUUAAUAGCCCUCGUUUCUAUGGCCUUUUCAAUGAGGUGAAGAGGCAAUUUGAACGGCAGGAGGUCACUCAUGGCUCGGCUGGCACUUUUCUUCGAACGAUAAAGACACUAAUGGCGAAGCUCAAGGCAAACGACUGGGGAGCCCUCAACCAGAAUCUGGCUUCAUAUCGCGCACAACAUCUGUCGAGGUCGUUAUCUGUAGCUCUGAGUCAUGGCGCGAGUGAACUUGAACCCAUGCCCGAGCCUCUGAAGGACAUCGACAGCGACAUCGAGAUCCCGAAUAAUGACACCGAUUCUGUUUUCCAUGCUCCUCACACUUCGCGCAAUUUCGAGUCUGACUGGGAUGACCGCCAGUAUGCGCUCCGCAUUCUGAUCGAGAAGAACAUCUCCGUUAUUCCUCAGAGGUAUACCGUUUCCGAGGUCGACUGGAUGCAGCAGCUUCAGGAAAUGCUUCGACGGUUAUUGGAAGCUCGCCUUAGUCAUGUGCGCCAAUGGCUUGGUGCGAACACCGAUAGAUUUCGUGAUCACGAAGAUAUCAAGGCCUUAAUGCGUAGUGCAGGGCAUCUUUUUGCUGAGAUGGAAGGUGCAGUACGACUAUGUGGAUCACGCUGUGCUGAAUGUCAUCUUUCCUGUCUUCGUCCGAGGCACCAUCCGCUCAGCCAUGAUUGUCAAACUUCUCAUCGAUGCUUCGGGGAGUGUGAAAUGUCUGAGGAGCACCCAGCCCCCGUGCAGUGCGGGCUUCCAGCGGGUCACAGCAGUCGCCACAUGUGUGAAGUAAGCGCACACUCUUGCGGCCAACCAUGCUUUCUCCAAAACCGAAGAGGCUGUUUGCACAGUUGUAGCCUGCCACUAGACCACGAAGAACCGCACCAUAUCUGUUCGACCCGAUCGCACUUCUGCGGAGAGGCAUGCGCUUUGAGCGGCAUCUCUUUGGCAGAUGGUACGUCGUAUACCUGUUCAGGACGAUGCACGAUCUCCUGGGACGAGGAACACGAAGAACACAUCUGUGAGCACUCGCACUCGUGUCCAUUGAAGUGCCAGCUCUGUAACCGUCAGUGUGAAUCUGUGGAUCACCUUCACGGCCUCGACUCGACCAGCAUACAUCUGUGCGGAGUGCCUCAUCCUUGCGAGGAAAAGUGCGAGCUUCCUGGUAUAUGUAACAUUGAGACGCAGCCCUCUAAGAUCGUCGAGGAGUUUCAAGGGAGACACGAGACAUUUUCUUACACGAAGUACACGCAAGUGGCUCGUAGGCUCGGAUGCGCAGUUACGAUCCCCCCGGGCUUGUUAAAUCACGCAGGGGCGCAUAAGCACUCCGUUGACGACAAGCCAUUCCAUUUCUGUCAGGCUCGCUGCGGCCAAUGCGAGUAUUUCUGUACUCUUCCUCUAGGUCACCCUCAGACAUUACAUGAGACGUUUCAUGGAUCCAUGUCUGCCGCGAAGUGGAUGGUUGAUUCUGCAGAUGACACUAUUGAGUUGGAUGGUCACAAGUUCGGCUCCGGGGAUGACGGAGGUCCCAUGCUCUGCAAUCUUGUUUGCGCGUCUCAAGGACGCCACGCCCAUCUUGACCUUUGCCGUGCUACAGCGCAUGGUCGUCCGUGUCAGGAACCGGAGACCGAGCAUAUCACUUCUCCGACUCAGAACGCUCCCGGCGUGCAAAAGAAAGAUUGGAUCUCACAUCGACUGUGCUGGGCCAGACUUGGUUUCAAAUUCUACGAUAGAUCCUUAUUCUAAAGAGGAGCAAGCGGAGUUUUCAAAAUGCGAUUCGAUGUGCAGUGGCGUCGAACAUGCCGCAGCCGCAAGUCAUCCCGCGCAACCGUCUUUCUGCACCUUGAAUAUAUUCCAUGACCCACAACCACAAGAUGCUUGUCCAACUAACGUUACGGGAUACGUAUCACACGAUGGCCAUGUAUUUUCGUGCAGAAACCCCGUUGCAAUGCAGCGAUCGUUCCAUGUGGUCUUUGUUGUCGAUAGGUAAUUACUAUCGACAUUUUUAUCCUGUGAUCCAGCUCAGCAGGUUGCUUCUUGCUCGACACUAGUUCGGGAUCCAUGAAGAACGCAGACCGAGUGCCACUGCCUGACGCACCGUCAAGUGCUCGCAUUAGACAACGUUCAAACAAUCGUUAUGGCGCCGUACUUUCUUCCUUAUAUGCGUUUUGGAGCUCUCGUCAGGGAGCUAUGCAAUCGACCUCUCUGGGUGCACGUGGAGAUGCGUACUCCGUCGUCACAUUUGGCGGAAAUGCAUCGACGCGUGUCGAGAACGACUUUACAAAGGAUCCAGAUCAGCUACUGAGUUCUAUCUUGACAAGGCAGGGAAAUGGGGGCACAAAUUUCAAGGCUGCUCUCCAAGAGGCACAAAGGGUUAUAGAGGUUAACUGGAGCCCUGAACGGCCUCCGGUGGUCAUUUUUCUGAGCGACGGAGAGUGCGACCUGAAGGAUAAAUACAUGCGAGACCUUUGCAACAAGGCAAACGUUUUAGGACAAUCUCUUUCAUUCCAUGCGAUCUCUUUCGGUCCUGAUGAACGCUCUGCCACCUUGCGACGUAUGGUGGAAAUUGCUCGGGAAGCUUACAAGAGUGGUCCUCGCGAUCCCCUAACUUCGGCCGCUCCAUCUGCUACUGAGGCAUGCGAAUUUUCCAGGGCUCUCGACACGAUUCAAUUGGCCGAGACAUUCCUAGGAAUUGCUGCCUCUCUGCAGAAGACGCGAGCAUCCCUUGUGCGUACGUAGGCAUGGAUGCGGAGUUGUGUGUUGACGCAUGUAUCUUCUGGACUUUGUUGAUGGACAACUGACUUUCCGAUUUCUGUAUGUCUGAGUUGUUUUCGUCGCUAUGGGUAGCCGUUGUGUGUGCGUUUCUAUCUUUUGCUUGUCUCGUUGCUAUCUUUCUAUGCUGUGAACUGUACAAUACUUUUGUAUGCGAAUUCUUUCUGACUAUACAUUUCCAAGUUUCG